AUGCAAGGCAUACUUGAGGAUUGGCUAAUCCAUGAAUGCUUGAACAUCGUGCUACAUCCCCUCAAGCAGGCUGCUCGUGAAGGAGUUAUGUUAUCCAAUCCUAUCAGGCACAGUCGAUACUGCUUCACACUGCUCAUAAGCUAUAUUGUUGACACUCCGGAGGUCAUGAUGCUGGCUACUGUUGGGGGAAAAACCUCCCCAGUCACUAUGGCAAUGUACAAACAGUUUGGAGACCCUUUCCGCCACAAGCCUCGCACAAAAUCAACUACACUUGCCCAGCUGCGCAUUGCCCGAGUAAGGGCUGAUCCCAAUGAUAUUGAAGCAUUCUUUUGUGAAGCUCAGAAGUUUCAUUUGAAUGGUGUAUCCGACCCUUUCUUUGCAGACUGGAUCCUUUCUGAACCAUCCCAUUUUCUCACUCCUGAAACUCUCCACCACAUUCAUCGGGAGUUUUAUGAUCACAAUGUGAAAUGGCUCGUUUGUGCAGUUGGGGACAUAGAGCUUGAUUUUCGCUUUUCUGUGUUGCAGCCCAUCACAGGGUUUCGCCAUUUUCAUGGGGGCAUUUCGAAGCUCAAACAGGUCACAGGACACGCUCAGCAUGAUAUCCAGCGCUCAAUCAUUGCAGUUAGCACAGAUGCAGCACCUAGUGCCGUGAUCACUGCCAUCCAAGCUUUGAUGGACUUUUGCUAUCUUGUGCAGUCACCUUGGAUUGACGACAAUGUUCUCAGACACAUUUCUGCAGCGCUCGAUGAAUUUCACGCCAACAAACAUGCAAUCAUAGCUGGUGGAUUUGUUGCAGUCAGCGUAAUAGAGUCAUCGAUAACUGGUUUAUCCUGA